AUGGGCUUUGGCGCUGUAUGCAAUUGGCACAUCAACUGCCUCAAGUUACUAGCAGUACUGCUGGUCCUGCACCAGUUUCGACCGUUGGUGCAGGGCAAGCAUGUGCUGGUCCGGACGAACAACACAGAGAUGGUGACAGGACCUGAUACUCUCCCUGAAAUCCCUGAAAUGGGGCACCCUGUGGCACCUGUGUCCAGAUUGCAGAUGUCCCAGCUAUUUUAUGGAGAGCUGAGCUGGAUGCAAACAGAAUCCUUGAUGAUAAUGAUGAUGAAGACCAUGCUGCUGCUGAUCUCAGUACUCCUAACUCAGGCUCUUCAGUCCCAUGGCAUAUCAGCCACCCAAGAUGAGGAUGGAUUUGAUUACUCUGAAAAUGAUGAUGAAGCAAUGGCGCCCUACUGGACUCGUCCUGACAGGAUGGAGAAGAAACGACACACGGUUCCCACCAGUUAUACUGUAAGGUUCUAUUGCCACGCCAACGGUAACCCUACACCAACGCUCAAGUGGCUCAAGAACGGCAAAGAGUUUAAGAGAGAUCAGCGAAUAGGAGGAUUCAAGGUUCGAGAGCACAUGUGGUCCAUCAUAAUGGAGUCGGUGGUACCGUCAGACAAAGGAAACUACACCUGCAUGGUGGAAAACAAAUACGGCAGCAUCAAUCACACCUACCAGCUCGAUAUAGCUGAGCGUUCACCACACAAGCCAGUCCUUCAGGCCGGGUUGCCUGCUAACCGUACAGUAGUGGUGGGCAGUGACGUGGAGUUUAAGUGUAAAGUCUACAGCGAUCUUCCGAUUCACAUGCAGUGGCUGAAGCACAUUGAGGUGAACGGCAGCAGCGUUGGCCCUGACGGACUGCCGUACGUUCGGAUUUUGAAGACGGCAGGCGUCAACACUACACAUAAGGAGAUGGAGUUACUGCAGAUCAGGAAUGUGGCUUUAGAGGAUGCUGGAGAGUACACCUGCUUGGCUGGGAACUCUAUCGGCCACUCCCAUCACUCUGCAUGGUUGACUGUCUAUGAAGUGCCCAGUGCCCAGGACAUGAUUCCAGCAUCAUCCUCCAGUCCAGCUGGGCUGGUCCUAUGCCUGUCUUCUGUACUGUUACCUGCCCUGUUACUGGUGUUUUCCCCCUUAUGGUAGUUUGUGUUCAUUUGUUUGUAUUUUGAACCAAAUAAAGUCCACCAUUUCCUCUGUA